CCGACUUUAACUACGACUGCACUCGUACUCAAACUCCCAAUAUCUCCCAUUUCCAUCUCAGAGAUCUCAUCUUCGUCAAUGUCGACGAAAUCUCAAAUCUCGAUCGCAGUAGUCCUCAUCCUAAUCUCAAUCUCCAUUUUCCUCACUUUCACCGACUCCCAAUCCCACCGCCUCAACCUCCCCUCCUUCUCCCUCUCAAACCCUCGCUCCCUCUCCUCGUCCGCCGCCGCCGUCGAGAUCCGGGCUCGGCCUCUCAAGGUCUUCAUGUACGAUCUCCCGCGCCGAUUCAACUUCGAGAUGCUCGAUCACCGGCCGGAUGGGGUCAAGAGGCAGCACAGUGUUGAGUACUGGAUGACGGCGUCGCUGAUGGUGAAGGGAGGGGAGGGGGAGGGUGCGGAGGCGGUUAGGGUUUUGGAUGCGGAGCAGGCGGAGGUCUUCUUUGUUCCGUUCUUUUCGUCUUUGAGUUUCAAUACGCAUGGGAGGACGAUGACUGAUCCGGAGACUGAGGUCGAUCGACAGCUGCAGAUAGACCUACUUGAUAUUCUCAGAAAAUCCAAGUACUGGCAGCGUUCGGGAGGACGCGAUCAUGUAAUUCCUAUGCACCACCCAAAUGCCUUCAGAUUUCUCAGAGAUCAGGUGAAUGCAUCUAUACUUGUGGUUGUGGAUUUUGGACGAUACCCCAAAAAUUUGUCUUCCCUGAGUAAAGAUGUGGUAACUCCCUAUGUUCAUGUGGUCAGUACCUAUACCGAUGAUAAUAUUCCUGACCCUUUUGAAUCGCGGCCCACACUUCUCUUCUUUCGGGGAAGAACUAUAAGAAAAGAUGAAGGAAUUGUUCGUAAAAGACUGGCCAAGAUAUUAAAAGGCUAUGAUGAUGUCCGUUUUGAGGAUAGCUUUGCUAACACUGAUGGCAUAAAAGCAUCGACGGAAGGCAUGCGCUCAUCAAAGUUCUGCCUCCAUCCAGCGGGCGACACCCCAUCCUCAUGUCGUCUUUUCGACGCCAUCGUCAGCCACUGCGUCCCAGUCAUCGUCAGCGACCACAUCGAGCUGCCCUUUGAAUCAGAGCUCGACUACUCCCAAUUCUCCCUUUUCUUUUCCAUUCAAGAAGCUCUUGAACCGAACUUCUUAGUUUCCAAGCUCCGAGAAGUAACGAAAGAAAGCUGGAUUGAAAUGUGGACAAAAUUAAAGAAUGUAUCACAUAAUUUUGAGUUUCAGUAUCCACCAAAGGCUGGCGAUGGAGUGAAUAUGUUGUGGAGGCAGGUGAAGUAUAAGGCUCCUUAUGCUAGGCUUGCGGCUCACCGGAAUCGGAGGUUGAAGAUUCCGGAUUGGUGGAGUCGACGAAGACGGUGAUGGUUUUAGCUGUGUUUGUACAUUGAGGAGGAUUUUUCUGAAGGUAAAUUGCACAUAAUCUCUCUUGUCAAUACUUCUAGUAGUCUUUAUCACCCCUCAAUUCUUGAGGAAGGGGAUUAUCUACAGUUUAUUCUUCUCAAAUACCAAUCACACUGACAAUUGUUAAUAGAUGACUUGAGAGGUGAUAAAUGAUUCUAAUAAUAUAGAAGAGGAAUUGUUUGUAAUUUACCCUUUUCUAAACUUGGAUUAGUUCUGAUUGAUUGCUGUAUAUUGUCAUUCUUUGAAUAUCACAGAAUAUACUUUUUCAGGAAAUUAAAACAAGGGCA